UUCCGUUAGCGAGCGGGUGCCGCUUGGCUGCGACCGUUGGGCGAGAAUCGGAGCCAGAGGGAGAGGCGGAGACGGGCAGAGCGGGAGCCGGCAGCUCCCCUGGUGCACGCACUUCUAUACAAGUAUUGCCUUUCACUGGGAGACGCAAACAGUUGCACGGGAUGGUGGGUAUGGCCACCAUGAACAGCUUCUACAAGGAAUGAGAAAUUGAUAUGAAAACAACACAAUAUAUUUGCACUUUGAAUGUCUGGACGCUUAGUGCGGGCAUCUGCUGCAGUUUUCCCCCCAGUACAUCUUCGCUCCUGGCUCGGUCAAACAGCGCAUCGGCACCUGCCUGCAAAUCCUAACAAGCUGCCAAAAUAAAUAAUUGGGGGAAAAGAAAACAGAUUGUCAUCCCGGAAAGGAAUAGCAUGGAAUAAACACGAUAUUUGAACAUAUCGAUUUGGAUAUUAAAAGUUGUGAAGAUUGCGUCUUUCCCAUUAAAAUAAUCGAAUCCUUGUGAGAUUGGACUGGAUUGAAUUAUCGCAAUAUAGCAUCUGGAAAUUUAUUUUCUCCAGUUUUAAAAUAGUUUCUUCAUUAAGUUUUUAUCCGAAGUUUUCUGGAUGUGGGCAUGUGUGUGUGCGUGAUGGAGAGAGGGGAUUGUUUCUAUUAAUUAGAACAGUCAUUGGGCAUUCGUUACGAAGGAGGUUUAACUAUUGACGGUGCGUGAUAGUAGUUUGAUGGGAGUGAGAAGAGGAAAACACGAGCCGUGUCGGGUGCCAGCAUCUCGAGAGCUGGAGAAAGUUGAUGCUAAUAAAAAACAAACCCCACAUUCUGAGAGAAAAAUGCCAGUGAAAAAACAAGAUACCGAACGGGCUCUACUGCUUCUUCAGGACUACUGCUCAAAACUGAAGAAACCAGAGGAAAGACAACUGAAGAUAGCAGUUGAAAGAGUUAUAAAUAUCUUCCGAAGUGGCUUGUUUCAAGCACUACUAGAUAUACAAGAAUUCUAUGAGGUAACAUUACUCAACGCACACACAAGUUUUGAGCAGAAGACUGCUGAAGUUAAUCAAGUGGUAGAACAAUGGGAAGAAACAAAUUCUCCGAUGAUGAUCACCCAAAAGAUGGAUUCAAAGCCUAUUGGGUCAGAACAAGACUCAUUGACAAGAGGGGAGGACGAAAUUGAUGAACCCAAAGAAGAACUGUCAUCAAAAUUACAUGAACCAUGGGAACAUUUCGAGAAAUAUCACUAUCAAGAUGAGGAUUCACCACCAAAUGAUUACAGCUUACCCCGUCUAACCAAUGAUGUCAAAGGCCCUGAGCUUGUUCAUGUCUCUGAGAAGAAUUUAUCACAGAUUGAAAACAUCCUUGGAUAUGUAUCACAUGCUCAUAUAUCUCCAUUAAAGGUUCAUCCCUGUGAUGUACAAGCCCAGCUCCUUGACUUGACUGACAUGGAAGAACAGCCCUAUGAUCUGGAAUUUGAAGAUGCUGUGAACUUUAAAGAAGGCACAGAAUCCCAUCAGGCAAGUCCUGCUCCCAUUAUUGUCAACACAGAAGCACUGGAGACGGUUCCCUAUGUCAAUGGAACCGAAAUAGAAUAUGAAUUUGAAGAAAUCACAUUGGAACGAGGUAAUUCUGGCCUGGGGUUCAGUAUUGCAGGAGGCACAGAUAAUCCUCAUAUUGGAGAUGACCCUGGGAUAUUUAUUACUAAAAUUAUACCCAGUGGAGCAGCAGCUGAAGAUGGACGGCUCAGAGUUAAUGACUGCAUUCUACGGGUAAAUGAAAUUGAUGUCUCUGAAGUAUCUCACUGCAGAGCUGUAGAAGCGUUGAAAGAUGCUGGUUCAAUUGUACAACUGUAUGUUCGCAGAAGAAGGCCUGUUUUGGAAACUAUCGCAGAAAUAAAACUUAUAAAAGGACCUAAAGGAUUAGGAUUUAGUAUUGCUGGUGGCGUGGGUAAUCAGCAUAUCCCUGGUGAUAACAGUAUAUAUGUCACAAAAAUAAUUGAUGGAGGAGCUGCACAGAGAGAUGGAACAUUACAAGUUGGUGACCGACUUCUUAUGGUGAAUCAUUACAGUUUGGAAGAGAUAGCACAUGAGGAGGCUGUAACAAUACUGAAAAAUACAACAGAUGUUGUCUACCUUAAAGUCGGAAAACCUACUGUUUACAUAAAUGACCCCUAUGGACCUCCUGAUAUCACACACUGUUAUUCCCCUCCAAUAGAGAACCAUUUCUACUCUUCAAAUGUGAAUAAUAAUACAUUGGAUCACAAGUCUUCACUGCCACAAAUUACUUCAGGAAGAUAUUCUCCAAUUCCAAACUAUAUGCUUGAAGAUGAAGAAGAAGAGGAGGAAGAAGAAGAGGAAGACAUUAACAGGGAGCCCAGAAAUUUUGUGCUGCACAGAGGAGCCAGUGGAUUGGGCUUUAACAUCGUUGGGGGUGAAGAUGGUGAAGGGAUAUUUAUCUCGUUCAUCCUGGCAGGUGGACCAGCAGAUCUUAGUGGGGAGCUGCAAAGAGGUGACCAGAUUCUCUCAGUAAAUGGGAUGGAUAUUCGUGUGGCCACACAUGAACAGGCUGCAACAGCUCUGAAGGGAGCUGGCCAGGUUGUGAAUAUGAUUGUUCAAUAUAAGCCUGAAGAGUACAGCCAUUUUGAGGCAAGAAUCCAUGACUUGCGGGAACAGAUGUUAAAUCACAGUAUGAGUUCUGGAUCUGGCUCCUUAAGAACCAACCAGAAGCGCUCAUUAUAUGUAAGAGCUCUAUUUGACUAUGACAAAACCAAGGACAGUGGUCUUCCGAGUCAAGGUCUUAGCUUCAUAUACGGUGACAUUUUACAUGUUAUCAACGCGUCUGAUGAUGAAUGGUGGCAGGCACGAAGAGUUACACCAGAAGGAGACAGUGAAGAGAUGGGUGUCAUACCGAGCAAAAAAAGAGUUGAAAGGAAAGAACGAUCUAGACUUAAAACUGUGAAAUUCAAUGCCAACCCUGGAGUGAUUGAUUCCAAAGGGUCAUUCAAUGACAAGCGUAAAAAGAACGUCAUCUUUUCACGAAAAUUCCCAUUCUACAAGAACAAGGACAACAGUGAGCAGGAAGCCAGUGAUCCAGAACAACAUGUUACUUCAAAUGCCAGUGAAAGUGAAAGCAGCUUCAGAGUCCCAGAAGACUGCAUUCUUUCAUAUGAACCAGUCACACAGCAAGAGAUUAAUUACAGUAGACCUGUCAUUAUCUUGGGUCCAAUGAAAGAUCGGGUUAAUGAUGAUCUAAUAUCAGAAUUCCCAGACAAAUUCGGCUCAUGUGUUCCACAUACCACAAGACCAAAGCGUGAUUAUGAAAUGGACGGAAGAGACUAUCACUUUGUUACUUGUAGAGAUCAGAUGGAAAAGGACAUCCAAGAACACAAAUUCAUUGAAGCAGGACAAUACAAUGAUAAUCUAUAUGGAACUAGCGUCCAAUCUGUAAAAUAUGUGGCUGAAAGGGGCAAGCAUUGCAUACUUGAUGUUUCAGGCAAUGCCAUAAGACGUUUACAACUUGCACAACUUUAUCCCAUUGCUAUUUUUAUCAAGCCCAUGUCUGUGGAUUCACUAUUGGAAAUGAAUAAACGCCUGACAGAAGAGCAAGGCAAAAAGACAUUUGAAAGAGCUUUAAAACUAGAACAGGAAUUUGGAGAACAUUUUACAGCAAUAGUACAAGGAGAAAACUUGGAAUCAAUUUACGACCAGUGCAAACUAGCUAUUGAGGAACAGGCGGGCCCGUUCAUCUGGGUUCCCUCAAAGGAGAAAUUGUGAAUCAGCCACGGAUGUGAAGCUGGCCAGAACACCUGUUCAGAUUUUGACUUUUUUGGGUUUUAAUUACAUUUUCAUCUCUAUCCAUGUGCACAAUCAUGAAUGUACUUUUGAGUUAGAAGCUCAAUAGGACGUUUCUACACAGUUCGGAACUGUGUUCACAGGUGGAAGGGUUUGAAUGGGGCAAGGACAUGCAAAAGGCAGGCAAGUCAAUGUUUGGCAAAAAAACAAGGGAUUCUGGAAUAUCAUGGAUGAUCAUACAGCAUUAGCAUAUCUAAGCCAUAAGUGUAUUACAUUCUUGCAUAGGUUUCACCCUUAUUAUAACUAAAUAGGCAAAGCAGGGGCUCUUGUACUUAGUCUUAUUCUCUGACAGAGAAGUGCCCAGCUUUUCAACAUCCACAAGCCUUUGUGCACUUAUGAUUGCUAAGCUUCAGAUUUUAUAACUAUGCAGAUAGAAUUCAUCACAUAAUUUUAUAUAAACACUUUUUUGCCGAGACCAAACAUUAUAUAAAGAUGAACUCGCAUCUAUGAAAUCCAAAUUACAAGUAUGUUCAAGUAUCUAACACAUUUUCGAAUGUGUCUAAAUUGACAACUGGUUAAAAUCAAAAUAAACUUCAAAACUUAUAUUAUACAUUUUAAUAUUUUUAUUCAGUAGUUGUUGAAAUAAUAAUUUAUAGUAAAGAAUAUAUAAUACUGUAAAUUGCAAGGUCUAUUGUUUAUGUUUCGUGACUGGAGAUAUAAUUAUGAGGAGAUAUAGGAUUGAGGGCAAUUUGUGAUUAAAUUUAUGGAGUAAAGUCUAAAUGAACAGAAAAUCAACUGAUUUGUGUAAAUUCACUGCCAUCUCCAACUGUUGCCAGUGAAAAUUCACUUAAUUUAUUUUCCUUAUGUAGUAAGCAUGCAGCGUGGAAUUUUAUCCUAUUAGUCAAUGUUAAUUUAUGUGCUCUGCAUUAUCGUUUAAAUAUUAAGAACUGUGGCUAAGUACAAUCAAAAAGUCAUAUCCUAUGUAGCCAUAGCUAUGUUUUAUUACUUUAAUUUAAUCUAAUUUAUUAUUUGGUAUUUGGUUCUGUGCUUUAUGGCUGUUUAUACUUGAAAGCGGCUAUUGCAAAUCUUCAAAACUUACCCUAUAUCUUUUUUUUAAGCUAGAAUUUAAUUUUCUGUAAUAUUGAGUGAUUUGUACUGUACAGACCGAUGUAUUUAAAGUGCACCGUAUGGUUAUGCUUGUCCUGUACUGGUUUGAUCAUGGUUAAAUACAGCUUUAGCCUAUAGUACAAAUUUAAAAUACUCCAUAGCUAUUACAGGUGCAAUAAGCAGUGGAUUUUAAACUCUUGAAUGCUCUUAUCUAUUUUACCAUCUCCCUUUAUUUGACCUUUAGGGUGCCCUCUCUGCUCUUACCAACAUGCAUUCUCAGGAUAGUUACUGGGAGAAUAUUUCUGGGGGUUAGGGAGGGUAAAUGGGUAUGGAAUAAACAAACUGACCCAUCAGUGAAGCUUUCAAUUCAAUUUGACCAGCUACUUGCAGAACAUUUAUUAAUUAAUUGUCCAUAAUGUUAGAAUUCUCAGGAGUUAAUCUUACAGCAUUUGGGUCCUGCAGAUCUUGACUUUAAGCUCCUAUGGAGUUCCAUCUUUUCCACCAGUAUACAUGUGAGCUAAUUAUCCAAAAAUCUCCAAAGCAAAGCUUCAUAUUUAUUGUGUUUGUAGUGUUAAUUUAUUUAUAGGAUUAACUAAUAUACUUUUUCAUUAGUUGUUAAAAAUUUGCAAUAUAGUUUGUAUUUUUGACCUUCAUCACCUGGACUUUAUAUGGAAUGACCAAGAUGCCAUUGUCCCCUUUAUAUGAUCUUAAAUUAAUCUAUUCAAGGAAGGGAGAAGAUUCAUGGAGUACAAGUUUGAUUGUGAUGGGAAUCUCAGAGAUCCUAUAUAUAUAUUUUUACAAGGAGUAAAAUUGUAUGCCUCUACUUUUUUUAAAAGCCUGAAUGAAAGUACUCCAAAUAUUCCUUUGUGUCAAAUUCUGGGAACUUGAAAGGGUUUGGAUCUAUUGGUUUUAUCAUAAUUAAAUAACCAGAGGAAUUUAAUGCUUUUGCACAUAUUGUAAUUUUAUGCUGAAAAGUAAUAUAACCAGAGGGACAGUCUUUGUUUCAAAACAUGCAGAUUUCUCCCUGAAACUACACUACCUAUUGUAGUUGGAUGAAACUGAAGAAGAAGCUCCACUGCUGGAUCACACUUACAGUUGCCUGUAUAAAGGAUUUUACAAUACAGAUUAGUUACCUAUUGAUUGUACAUAAUCAAUUCUAUCCAUUCCGUUUGUGUAAAAGAAUAAAGAAUUUAGUUGUACAUUUAACAAUAUAAAUAAGUACUCAUGUUUGUUUAUGUUUUAAAAAUUAAAGUAUUGUUUAUGGCACAUAAACUCGCUCUUGUAUAAACUGCAAUUGAUCAUGCUCCAUGUUUUUAAAUCGCAUUUUGGCUGCACUAUUUCACAAUGAACCUGCAAAAUCUUAGUUCAAUAAAGCCACUUCUCUGUA